GGUGCACCCAGAAAAGAAGUCCAUGGAUCACAAGGGUCACCAUGAUGAGAAAGCAUCAAAGGUGCACCCAGAGAAGAAGCCUGCAGAUCAUAAGAUGCCUACAUCAGAUAAAAAGCAAAGUGGCAUAAAGAAGGCAAAACCUGUAAAGCAGCCACCAAAGACUGGGACAGCCGCUAAGGCAAAGCCCCAGAAAGUGAAAGGUGCAACUAAAUCUUCAGCACCUAACAAGAAAAAACCAGUUACAAAGUUAAGCAGCAAAAUUGCCAAACGGACAACAAUGACUGGCAAAGCGGCAAUGACUGGCAAAGCGGCAAUGACUGGCAAAGCGGCUAGCUUAUCAUCGAAGAAAAGCUUACCACAGACCAAGAAAACCAAGAAAUGAGAUACAAUAAGGACUUAAUGAGGUGGAAAAGUGGGCGGAGGAGGGUUCAGGAUUCUACAACAACCUGAGAAAUGAGAGAAGAUACACUUUAAUUUCAUCUUUGUUACUCAGA